UUCUUUGUUAGUAUUUGUGAAGAUUUAUUACUAUAUUGAAUUUUGCAACUAUGAUAAAUUUGCACCCCACCCCCAAAGUAUAAAAAAUUUGGACCUUAAAAAUUAAAUCUAAUCCUUCAAGCUUUUUCUCCUACCAAAAAUCAUGUUAAUUUUAGUGUCAGAUCAAAGCACCACAGAUUGAGUGGGGGAAGCAAGUUGGGACACCCUUGGCCUUGUUUUGGAGUGCUGCUGAGGUCUUACAGUCCCCAACCACUUUGUGUCCCCUGUUCUCAGACUUACAUUUCUCCCCACAUCUAAUACCAUUGAAAUCAGGGUAAUAACUGUUGGUGUGAUCAAACUUUCUAUUGGCAGCUUUUGAUUUCUUAUAAUGGUGGUGCAGUUCCUGGGAAGGAAAGAGACGCACCUGUGUACUACUGAUCGAGCACUGGGAUGUGCACGUGACCCCUGCCAAGGAGGUGUUUUAAUGUGUGGGAAGCUGAGGCUCAGAAAGGUUACAAGACUUGUCUAAGAUAGCAAGUUGGUAAUUGGCAGAGUCAAGAUUUGAACCCAAAUUGGAUGACUUUAUUGUAGUCAAAUGACCCCUCAGAUUUUCCAUCUGAUUUGCCCUCAGCUUCUUCUGUUCAUAAAAGAGUUUACAAAUCCUUAAAUUUGGGGGCUGGGAAGCACCUUAUAAGUCGUAGGGUUCAACCAGCCAUGUUACAGAUGAGGAAAGUGAGGCUGAGAGAAGCAACUCACCAAAGGUAAAGGAAGUCGUGCCACUGAGAAUCAGCACGGCUGGGCCAGGAACAGGAGAUUUUUCAAGCUCUUUCAAUGCCUCCAUCCCCAGGACACAGUGAGGCCCCUGGGGACUAGGUUCAGGUGCUCAGCCACUCCUUCUGACAUUCUGCUCAUUCCUCCUCUGUUGUCCUGUUCCCCCAGACCUCAAGAUGAUUGCUUACAACAACCCCUCUCUAUUAGUCCAUUUCUUGUUGCCAAUAACACAAUACCAUAGGGUAAGUGAAUUAUUAAAAUAAUAAUAAUAAUAAUAAUACUUUGGCUUCCAGUUCUGGAGAUGCAAAUUCAAGAGGCUGUAUCUGGUAAUGGUCUUCUUUUUGUCAGAAUCCCAUGGUGACACAGGACAUCACAUGACAAGAGAUGGGGAAUGUACAUGCAGAUGUGUGUCCUCUGGUUUCUCUCUCUCUCAUAAAGCCACUAGAAUUCAAUCAUGGGGGCUCCACUCAUAUCUCAUCCGAUCACCUCCUGAAGGCCUCAUCUCUAAACACUUGAGUCAGAUUAAGUUUUUACCCUCUUAAUAUCUCACAAUGGGGAUUACAUUUUAAUGCCUGAACUAGUGGGGGCCAUAUAUUCAAACUAUAUCCAAGCCAUAGUACCACUUCUUCCCUUUCUUUACCCCUAGUUAACUUGUGUCUUCUGAUUUGUCCUCCAAGGUGAUAAUGAAUCCAUGUGAAGAUGAUCAUGGAGCUCAGUGAGGGAGGCUUCUCCCCAGCCUGUGCUUGGAGAUGUUAUAUCUUUGCUACCUCAAGAAAGCAAAAAGCUUAGUAUAACUGGAAAGGUGGCAGGUGCACAGACCAUGGUACCGAGAUAUCCUGUAGGAAUCGGGGCCCUAAGAAGCCUUUGCAGUCAUGCUGCCACCUCUCACUUUGCCUGUGGAGGGGUGCAUGGCACGGCAGAGGGCAAGGAUUGCAAAAGGUGGCAUCCAUACACCACUGCCCUUUUCUGCAGCCAUAAUGCGUCUGAGAAGCCACUGUUCUCUGCCUGCAGAAUGAUUUCAGUCACCUUCUUGAUGCAGUGCUCCAGACAGAUACUUGGAUUGACAGUAGUUGGUUACAGAGAUGAAAUAAACCCAGUUGCUUUCCCCAGUGUUGUUGAAGGCUUUGGAAGUAGGCAGGUUACAAGAUGACCGAGUCUCUACUUCUCCCAAUGUAAAAAGGAGAAAUUAUAAUUGACUUACACAAAUUUUUGGAAGGUGUAGAGAUACCGUGUAUAAGAGCACAGCAGACUGCUGGUGCCUGGUAGGGAACAGAUGCUCAUUAUUGUAAGGUUAAUGCUGAUGGGGCAGAAGGCAAGGAUGCCAGAGCUCUGCUUUGUAAGGCGGCUGGGAAUGGUGAAAGGAAGCUGCUCUUGACCUCUCUUUGUUGCCUGUCUUUAUUUUGUGAUAUGCAGACCUAAGUACAUAUGUUUCAGGUCUAAGAGGCUUGAGUAGCUCUCUUCGAAAUGGUUCUCAAUGUGCAGCUAACUCUUUGCCUAGCAAGACAGGGAGAUCACACCAUGCAGCAGUCUGUCCCCAUGGUGCCCCAUGUAUGCUACUCACAGAAAGUCCUUUAUUUCAAGCCUAAUUCCACUGUUUUUAAAAUACAUAUGGUAAUCAGAUUCUGGAGACAGGGCGGUACAUUGAUGAACUCACUGAGUGUUGCUAUAUGUUUUGAAAAUCCAAAACUUAUAUGAAUACAUUUACUUAAGGAAUAACUUUCUUUGCAAAAAAUAGAGAUGCUUUAACUUCUGUUUAGUUUCAUUAGUUAUUUAAUAUGCAUAUUAAAUGUCUUUGACUAUGUCAUGAUUUACUAUGAUAUGAAAACUCCUAAGGACAUAGAUGAUGUCUGCUUCAUUGACUUUUUAGAGCAACCAGAAAAAUGCCACAAACAAGUAGAUUUUUAAUCCAUUUGCAUGUUUUUGUUGCAGAUUGGAAUAUAAACUACGUUCUAUACUCACAAAAAUUAUUCCAUUCUUAUUUUAACCUUUUAAGACCAGAAAUCUAAUGGCACAUUUCCAGUAGAGCAAUACGUACAGUACAAACACAUAAACAUUGCUUUAUUUUAAGUUAAAAAUAUUAAUACUAAUUGAUUUUCUAUAGUAAAAAUCUUGCCAAUGUAGAAAAUGUGAAAACUACUAAAAAGUAUAUGGAAAAAAAUGAAAAUUCAUAUUUUUUCCUAUAUGAGUCAUUUAAAAAUGUUAUUAAUAAUAUCUACUACUUAACUAAUUUUAAGGCUUUCAAAAAUUGUUCUCACUGUGAUUUUCAUCUUCCAGUUAGGUUCCCAUGUUCUUUCCAGAAAGCAUUAAUGUUUUGUUAUUUUUCAAAGUAUUGAAGCACAUGGUAAAUUCAAGGAAAAAGUUUGCCAUGAGCUGCUGGUAAUUUCUCCCUGCUUUAAAGGAAACUUUGAAAAGUUACCAUGAAGGAAAAGUUAAUCCAUCAUGUCCCGCUGCAUUUGUUCUCUCAAAACCAGGUGAACUACCUCUGACUCUUUCCCUAGGAUUAUGUCACCCACCAGGGCAACUUUCUGUUUCAGUAGGUGAUGUGAAGAAACAAAACAACACCCUUUAAGUUAAUCAGUUUUGGAAAAUAGAGACUGGCUUUAUAUUCCAUGGCUUUGAUGUGCUUAGUAGUUCCUGUAAGGAUCUGCCUCUCUUUUGUUGUGAUUGACAAGACCUUUCCUAUAUAUAUGAGCCACUAAGCAGCCCAGUAACAGAGGGGAGAGACAUUUACCCAGAGCUAACUUCACCACUCAUUACAACUUUCUAAAACCUUGGGUACAAGUGUCACCUCUAAGUGUCAGAAGAGUUGGCUCCAGCAAGAUCAGGUAAGGGCCUCUCCACUUUGAGAUUUCAUUCCUCCCAACGGGAAGCCUAGAGAAACUACAUGGUGACAGGUGGGAUCUGGAAGAACAGAUUUGGAAAUGCAUUCCAUUUUAAGCAAUAGGACGUGGGGGAAUUCUGUAAAUGGCUUUUCUACCCUCAGUUUAACAUCCACAUAGGUCUGUCUUAUGGGCCAAGCAUGAAGGGCCCCUUCUGGUUACUAGACCACAGAAAGCUAUCCUAGUCUAUCCUAGAGGAUCAUUCAGAUAUCCUAUCCAGAGAGGAUAGACUUGACAGCAGAUUGGGAUCAUUUUUAAAUACUCCAAUGCUUUCUGCAUUUGAAUUAAUUUGAACCACAAUGAGGUGCUUAUUAGAGCAGAAGCAUAGAGCAGAGGCAAUUUGUUGCCAAGUAGGACACAUUUUUAUGUUUUUAUUUUAUUUUUAUCAAGACAGGUGCCUGGUUUCAUAAAAUCUUCUGCAUAUCCACGUUGUGUGAUGGAUUGAGUUAGUAACAACAUGUGCAGGGCCUACUUUUAUUACUUAUCUAUUUCCCAAUCAUUCCCCAUGCAUGACACCAAAAUUAAAAUUUUGAUCAAAGCAUAUAGCAUGGGACCCAAAUACCCUGGACCAUCAUAAAAAUAACUUACAUGUAUUCAUGUAUUAUGUCAAGAUAUGCAAUUCCUUUGUUGUUAUUCAUGUUUGGUGUUCAUUUUGAAGAAACAAAUUUCUUUAACAUACAAGUCAACUCCAGCACUUGGGUUGCAGUAAGGAAAAGUCUUAGAAUGCAUGUCUAGGAUUGGAUAUCCAGAAAGGUCCAGGGAAUCUAUACUGACUCUGUUACAGAGAACUCUGGGCACCUGUCUUGGAGUCUGUAGGUACUUACUAUUUCUUGGCCCAUUUUCCCUGAAAUGCUAAGAGCAAGGUCCCUUUGAUAGCAGCCAACGUGUUUGUGACUACCCCUUGGAGGGCAGCUGGAUUUGUUAAACUUGAUUUCUUUUCCUCUCGGGAGGAACAGCAUGAAGCUGGCAUACCUGUUCCUUGGUGCCACAGCCCUCCUGCUCCUCUGUGGCUGUGGCUCUGUCCUCAGCACCUCCAGUGGGGACCUGCGUACCUUUGUGGGCUGUGCUGUGAGGGAAUUUACUUUCCUGGCCAAGAAGCCGGGCUGCAGGGGCCUUCGGAUCACCACGGAUGCCUGCUGGGGUCGCUGUGAGACCUGGGAGAAACCCAUUCUGGAACCCCCCUACAUUGAAGCCUAUCAUCGCGUCUGUACCUACAACGAGACCAAGCAGGUGACCGUCAAGCUGCCUAACUGUGCCCCUGGAGUUGACCCCUUCUACACCUACCCUGUGGCCGUCCGCUGUGACUGCGGGGCCUGCUCCACUGCCACCACGGAGUGUGAGACCAUCUGAAGCUACGAGGUCUGCAGGACGCAGCUGGUGGCCUCAAGCCUCACAGACCUACCUGCAUGGGUGACCCAGGCAGCUCUACCCCUGGCUUCAUUCAAGGACUGUUUAAUCUGACCAUACCUGUGGAGGUGGUCACCUGUCUCCCUUAGCUUAGGCACAAGGCCUGGAUGCAGUAUACUUACAUUGAAAAUGCAAAACAAUAUUUGUUCCUUUACCAGAAUUGAUUUCUCUAGUUCAUAUACCUACAAAUUAGUUUUUCUUUGCCUUGAGUCUUGGAACAUAGUUUGUAUAUCACAAUCAUCUUCCGAUUUGGGCUGAUAACAUGGCAUUGACUUAAAUGCAUUGGAUAGAAUUGGGAAAUGGGGCUGUAAAGUCUUUUAAAAGUCUUAUGUUCUGUUUAACCACUGACCUUUGACUAGAUUUAGGAAGAAAGGGCUAGAAGUUAUCAAAACCAAUGCACUCACUAGUCUUCACUACCCAAAAAGAAAGUUUCCUUAGAGAAAAAUGUUCCAAUUCAUUUUUAAAUGAGCAAUUAUCUACCCAGGAAACAGACUGCUCAGAUUGAUAAAUAGCAGGGAAUUGAUCAAGAGAAGAGCUCAAAGAAGGUUGGAUUUGGCUUAUUCUUUUCCCCAGAAACAUUCCUUAAGUUCCUGUAAGAUCCUUACUAUAAAGAGCCUACUUUGUGAUUUAAAAAAAAUCUAGAAAAAUAUGUAGCUAGAAGCUAUCAUUUAGGUAUAAGAACUUCUGAAACUCAUGUUUUUGGAUGUGAUGUUCUCCCAAAGCUGUGGUGAAAUGGUCAUUUACAAAUAUUCUUCCUUCCUUAGCACAUUUUAAAUUUAAAUUGUAACUUAUUAAAUUCAGAAAUUUUACAUUUGUAGGGGUAAAAACUGCACUGUGGGCUCAGACGAGAAAAGUCUAUGAUUGUCUAGCUCUUGCCUUCACCAAAAUCUUAAUGCAGCUGGUUCUGUGACUUUUCUUAAACUCCAAUUUUAUUCAAAUGUCUUUCAUUCUGUCAUUUUGGGGGUUGAAUUUAACCUUGUUCACUUUUCAUAAUAUGCUGAGAAAAUCGAUAUUAAUGCCAAUAAAGUGCAUUCUCUGUCUUUUGAAUUCA